CCUGACUCAGCUGCUGCUGCUGCUGCCGCCUGAUCCUCCUCUAUUCUGUCAAUCACUCUGUCAUGCCUCUGAUGCAUGGGCAUGCUGACGCUGCUCUCUGCCAUCCGUGAGUAACACACACUUACGUACUUACAUACUUAGUGACCGCUGCUGACUCUACGCACAUGCACGGGCACACUGGGGAUUCACUUGGGUAUGGCCACGUGCUAAAGACAAAAGGGCUUUCGCUGGUCUGUUUCUCUGGCUUGAGCUUGUAUAGAAAUCCUUCUUUCCUUCUUGAAUAACUGACUUAACAUUUCUUACUGUCUGCUUGGCACUUGCCCUUGAAUGGUGGUUCGUUUCACAGCUAAUUAAUCGAUCUCUUUGGAGGUUGUUGUAGUUUAGGUCAAACUGCCAUCGGUGCAUGUUACUGGGGUUGUGUGCAUACAGUUGCCCUAAAUAAUAUUUGGAGAUGUAAACAACACUUAAAAGUGUAAAAAUGUAAUUGCACUGAAUAAACAACCUUUUGCAAGUCUUUAUUUAAAAUAAAACCCAGUUGGUGUGAUAUUUUAUAGGGAGGGAUGCACUUACAUGGAUAAUGUCUAAAUAUAAAAAUAUUAUGAAUUAUCUUUUGAAGCGAUAACCAAUAUGUUGGCUAUUAUUAGAUAUCCAUCUACAUUUUGUCAGAUUGAUUACAAAAAGCAUUUAUUUUAAAAGUUCACCUUUUUUGUGUGCUUCAAAUGACACCAGAAAUCGUGCAUAUUUUUAUAGCACCGUUAAAGUGCUUUCUAGCAUGGAUAAAUGCAGUAUGGAAAGUAGGGGUGUGCUAUAUGUAUUAUUUAUGGUAAUAUCAUAAUUGUUGUUUAAAUGAUAUGUGAUUUGACAUUAUCGAAUAUAUCAUAAACCAAACAAAAACAGGUUUGGUUAGACUACUGUGCCAGCACAUUUAGAGUUCAUGCUUUCACUUUGUGAUUUAGUCUAUUAAAAUAGAUUUGGAAUUUCAAGAUAAGGGGCCAAAUGUGCCCCUGUAUGACUUUUAUAUGUGUUUUAUAAUUAUAUCAGCUGAUAUAGUUAAUAUCACACGAAGAGUGACUUUUUCUCAAAAUAUCAGCAUGAUUGCAAAUGUAAUGAUUUGCUGAACAGUUAAAUAAAUAAGAAGUUAAUAUUAAGUGACUUACAUUUUAGACACAGCAUUUCUUGUUUUUGCUGUGUUUCAACCAGCCAUGGCAGAACUGUUACAUUACUGAAUCAAUCAGCCGUUUAAGGAAAGGAAAGGAAAGGACAUGACGUGAGGCCAAGUAUGGUGACCCAUACUCGGAAUUUGUGCUCUGCAUUUAACCCAUCCAAGUGCACACACACAGUAGUGAGUAGUGAACAAACACACACACCCUGUGAACACACACCUGGAGCAGUGGGCAGCCAUAUUGCUAUCGCUGCGGCGCCCGGGGAGCAGUUGGGGGAUCAGUGCCUUGCUCAGGGGACUCACCUCAGUCGUGGUAUUGAGGGUGGAGAGAGCGCUGGUUAUUCACUCCCUCCACCUUUAAUCCCUGCCGGACCUGGGACUCGAACCUGCAACCUUUCGAUUACAAGCCCCCAAAUUGUUUAAACAAAUUGGUUAGAUGAAUGACUCGAUGACUUACUCAUGCAGUGAUUUGCCACCACCUACUGGUGAUUUUAGGUUUUUAUUUUUAAAGUAUAUUUUCUCUUUUAUUCCCCAAAUCAUUUAAAAUAUCACUAUUCAACGUUUUGUAAACACCAAAAUAUUAAUUUGUAACUGCAGUUUAACUGCAUUCAUGUCCUGCAUUAAACAGUCUGUGUAAAUGCAUGUAAAUGCCAUUUCAGAUGCAGAUGUUGUGCCUCCUCUGCAUUGCAAACACAAAUUUUGUUGAUAUUGAUUUCAUUUGAUUGGUAACAGCCCAAUAGUGUCUUACUAUUUGAAUUUAUUGAUUAAAUUUAAGAAUUUGACACAAAAGAUGAUGCAUACAUUUCAUUAAGUUAGAAAAAGUGGCCUUAUAAAGGUAAAAUGCCCACAAAAUGUAAAUAUCAAACUAAACUUAUUAAAAAAAGUUAAUUUCUGUUACUGCUGCAAAUGAACCACUGCAUAGAAUAUUAAGAAUACCAAAAGCUUUGGGAGUCAGAUGUCCACUGCAGUCGUGAACCUGACAAGCACAGCAAAAUAUGAUCUAAUUAUCGUUAUCAACAAAACUCCAGCAAAUAUCAAGAUAUAAUUUUUUUCCAUUAUCGCACACCCUUUUUUAAUGUUAAAAGAAAAUAUAACUUCUACAAUAAAGAUAAAAAUAAUAACCAAGUUAAAAAAUAAUACAGAUAAUAAUAAAUAAAAAUGUCUUUGUUCCAUUGAUUUAAAAAAAAAAAAAAAAAAAAAAAAAAAAACUUAAAGUAACAUCCAAACAUUAUACUUUUUUUUUAAUGUAAUUUUUUUUAACAAUACUUAGACCAAAUAGAAAUAACAUGGUUAUCCAUAAUCACUUGUCUGUAAUUUGUUCUCUUAAAGGGUUGGAUCACCCAAAAAUGAAAAUUCUGCCAUUAAUUACUCACUCUCAUGACGUUCUAAAUCCGACUGUCAGUCAUUUUCAGAAGGCAAAUUAUGAUAUUUCCAAAAGCUCUCUGACCAAAAGUACUGAAUGUUGUAGUUUCAUUGCUGUCUGUACAGUGUCAGAAAGUUCUUGAAUUUCAUCAAAAAUAUCCUAUUUUUUUUUCUGAAGGAGAACGAAGGUCAUACGGGUUUAGAACAACAUGAGGGUGAAUAAUUAAUAACAGAAUUGUCAUUUUUGAGUGAACUUUCCCUUCAAUAUCAGCCUCAGUUUUAUUUAUUGGAUCGAUACCAAUAACAUCAACAACUCACGUUUGUCUGUGACACGUUUGUGACUGUAUUGCAUCAUGCAUCUUUAUGCAUUUUUAAGUGUUGCUUAAAUGUUCAAGUACUAUCUGUGGCUUUCUUGAUUCGGCAGAUCAAAUGCCUACUUAUUAUAUUAACUGCAAACAUGCAGUUAAAAUUCCUGAUUGUCAGAAUAAGCAGUUGGGUGGUAUGCUUUGCUUUUUAGCAUGUCCUGGCAAGAGCUUGAUGGAUCUGGUCGAUAUGUUUGGUGUUUUUAGGCUGUUCUUGGUUCCAGGUGCUCUAUUGUGCAGGUUUAACACCAGCCACUAGGUGGUGUGAUGGUUUCAUCUUUUGGCCUCUAAGGCCCAGAGCUCCACUAGCCCAGUCCCUUCAUCCUGUUUAACCCUUUGUCUGUUCUUCCCCUCUCCCUCUAUGGUGACUCCUGUGUGCCUUAUUCCAGUGUCAUUGGACAACCAGCACAUGCUACACUACAUUCGGGACAAAACGGCCGUGCCGUACUUCUCCAAUUUGGUCUGGUUCAUAGGCAGCCAUGUCAUCGAGCUGGACAAGUGUGUGCAGACUGAUGAAGAACAUAAAAACAGAGGAAAACUCAGCGAUCUGGUGGCUGAGCACCUGGACCAUCUUCACUACCUGAACGACAUCCUCAUCAUCAACUGUGAGUUUCUCAAUGACGUGCUGACUGACCACCUGCUCAACCGCCUCUUCCUGCCCCUGUACGUGUACUCUCUGGUCACUCAAGAGCAGUCUGAGGAGCGCAAGAUCAACCCUCAGGUGUCUCUCUACCUGCUGUCACAGGUGUUCCUAAUCAUCCACUACCAGCCGCUUGUCCACUCCCUGGCUGAUGUCAUUCUGAAUGGAGACCUGUCAGUGUUCACCGUGCAGACUGAACAGAGUGCUCACAAGAGUUCAAGCAAUGCCGGUGUUCGUCGCUUCGCCAAGCCCCCAGAAAGUCUGGAGCGUUCCCUAGAGAUGAGUCGUCACCGUGGGAGGAAGAGGACCCAGAAAAGACCCAACUACAAGAAUGUGGGCGAGGAAGAAGAGGAGGAGCGGGGAUCCGAAGAAGGGCCGGAAGAAGAGAAGGAAAAGGCUAAAGGUACAGAGGCUAGUUCAAAGGCCAGCAGGACAAGUGGGGACAAGGAAGAAAUUGAGAUGGUGGUGAUGGAAAAAUGUAGAAUCUCCGAUGUGUCCACGUUGACGGAACAGAACAUUACGGAUGAGGAGAAGAGCGCGGCAGCUGCACGAUCUGAAGGACAAAAGUGCAGGCCCUUCCUGGACAUGCUGUAUAAUGCAAUGGACUGUGACACUGAGGAUUACCAGGCUCUUUUUGUGCUCUGUCUCCUGUAUGCCAUGUCUCACAGUAAAGGUAUAAACCCAGAGCUCUUAGAGAGGAUCCAGCUACCUGUGCCAAAUCAAGAGAGAAGCUCUUACAGUCAAGUGUUGGUGGAACGAGUGAUCCGAAUCAUGAGCCAGGCUGCUCAGCCAGAUGGAAAGGUGCGUCUUGCCACCUUGGAGUUAAGCUGUCUGCUUCUGAAACAGGCUGUGCUGUCUGGCUCUCAGUGCAUUAUAAAGGACAUUCAUUUGGCCUGUUUGGAGGGUGCCCGAGAAGAGAGUCUUCACCUUCUGAGGCGGUUUUAUAAGGGGGAGGAGAUUUUCCUGGACAUGUUUGAGGAUGAGUACCGGAGCAUGAUGAAUAAGCCCCUAAACGUGGAGUAUCUUAUGAUGGAUGCGUCCAUUUUACUUCCUCCCACUGGCACCCCCCUUACCGGCAUUGACUUUGUGAAGCGAUUGCCCUGUGGAGAUGUCGAGAGGACUCGCAGGGCUAUCCGUGUGUUCUUCAUGCUGCGCUCGCUGUCCCUGCAGCUGCAGGGAGAACCAGAAACUCAACUUCCUCUCACACGACCAGAGGAUCUCAUCAAGACUGAUGAUGUGCUUGACCUCAAUAACAGUGAUCUUAUUGCUUGCAUGGUGGUCAGUAAAGAUGGGGUUCAAGCUCAGCGAUUCCUGGCUGUGGAUGUGUACCAGAUGAGUCUCGUGGAACCAGACUCGAAACGGCUUGGCUGGGGCGUUGUCAAGUUUGCAGGCCUUUUACAGGACAUGCAGGUUUCAGGAGUAGAAGAUGACAGCAGGGCUCUAAACAUCAUCAUACACAAGCCCACGUCUAACCCUCACGCCAAGCCUGUGCCCAUCCUGCAGGCUAACUUCAUUUUUGCGGAUCAUAUUCGCUGCAUCAUCGCCAAGCAGCGACUAGCCAAGGGCCGCAUCCAGGCCAGACGCAUGAAAAUGCAGCGGAUAGCAGCUCUAUUGGACCUUCCUGUUCAGCCUUCCACAGAGGUGCUGGGCUUCAGCCAACCAUCUGUUGCUUCAUCUCUGCCUUUCCGUUUCUAUGACCAGUCCAGACGCGGCCCAGCCUUCGCAUCUGUAGAUAAAGUUCCAGGUUUUGCAGUGGCUCACAUUGCCCAGCACAACCCCACCUCAGCCUCCUCCACCUCACCUCCUUCUAGUGCCCCCAGCGGCCCCUCUGACUCGGUCACAGCCAGCAGCGCAUCCACACACACCAUCACACAGAGUCAAACAGGACUCGCCCUAGCGCCUAGCCUCACCCCUGCACCACAGCCCACCAUCUCCCUCCUGUCUGACAAUGAUGCGGAAACGCUGAGCGUCGACUCCCUGACCCUUCUGCCUCCCGCCGACCCACCACGCCUGCGCUCCUUCAGCACCCAGUCCUCUAUCCAGGAUGACGCUUCGGUAGACGGGGAAGAGACGGCUGCUGCCAGCCAAAAGGAAGACGAUGGCACGGGGGCGACGGACACACAGUCUCAAGACAACAGGAAGGAUAUUUCGAUUAUUCCAGAAGAAGAUGAACCAUCUCCUGAGUCUAGGCCAUUGCAUAGUGCAGAAACUGAGGAUUUGAUGCAUAUUCAGAGGGAGGAACCUGUGAGUCAGCCCGAGACAGACUCUAUAGGCGUCACGGUCGACCAAGAGGACAACCCAGACCUGGAGGAGGAGACCGCGAUAGACUGAUAUGUCUAGUGCUACUAAAACUAAAAUCUACUAAGAAAACGAGGGCCAGGUUACUAAAGCAAGAGACGCAUGUUAAUGUCAAUUACUCAGUGUGAGCGUGACCGAUUCUGGUUUUACACAAGCUAGUUAAGCUAGUUUGCACAUGCCUCAGCUUUAGUGAUUCAGACCCUCAGUUGUAUCUCUUGUGUGUUUGCCGACUGUGUCAAUACAGCGGUUACCGUACUUCUCUUUAUAUCCAGACCAUGAUGCAUUUCUGAGAAAAGCGGCACUCUUAGAACAAUGACAUUAUUGUUUGUCACGAGUGCUGCUCAAAGCACAGUCUUUUUUUCUGUGUUGUGAGUUAUACUUUCUGCUCUGGUGCUGAGGUGAUCCAGCUGUUUCUCUGCAUCUGUGACUGUUUUGUGAUUGUGUGCGACUGUUGGGGUGUGUGCGCGAAUGCUUUUAUGAUACCGAGCAGAUGGCGAGGAAAGGAUGUGUUUGUAUAAAUCUGUAUUUGAGUUGGUUGGUGGGGAAAGCCCGCUUGAUUUUACCAGUCUUAACACUGAGGAAUGUACCAAGACUUCUGGGUCUGUCCAGCGGUGCUCUUUUCUGAAGGUAUAUUUAGUUUUGGUUGAACAUUCGAUGCCCUUUUGUGUCAUUCUUUGGAGAUUGUAAGAAACAGAUAAGAGCUUAAACUAACCCUUUUUAAUUCAUCACUGCAUUUAAGAUCAUUCAACCCAUGAACUCUUGCACCAUCAAGCCUUUUUGUAUAAAAACCGCUGACUCACUGAUAUCAGUCACGUUUUUUCAUCAGGUGAACAAACCUGAUGUCAUUAAGUUUCAUUCCUAAGCAUUUAUGUCACUGCCGUACUUGCACACGUUUUUUUUUCUGUUUGAAAUCUGUUGCCAGACAGGAUGGAUAUACCUGUUUUUGUUCACGUAGUUACUGCUUUAAGUACCACUGAAGUGAUCUCUUCCCUUUUUAAAGCUUAAGGCAACUCGUUCAUAUUUUCAGGUGCGUUUUAACGUUCUUUAACACUUAAUAUUCUAGAGGUCAUCAAGAGCUUGUGCUGGACACACGUAGUCAAAGCUGGGUGUGACGUAUUUGUGGUUUCGUUUUACUUUGGUGUGCAAUAACAGUAAUUCAAGACUUAUUUCUUUCACUUACAGAUUCAAGUAGUUGGACUACCAUCACUAAUGGACUGAAAUGGAAAAUUAAUUUUCAGUUUAUAGACUGCAGCACAUAGAAGGGAUCCACACACUCCUGCGGUGUGGUGCAGAUGCAAAUGUGUCGUAACCAUAACUGGGCGCUUUUUUUUUUUUUUAUUUCAAGGAAUUUUUGAUUUAAGCUUUAUCGGCGGAGUUUGUAAAUUAUAACCUUUAAAGCAAUACGAUUACUUCUGCAUAUAUCAGUAUUUUGAGGUUAACUUCAUUGUCAAGAACGAGGGGUGUCAUAGUUUGUACACAGUGUAAAGAUUUGUUUUGAUCUAAUGUUAUAAUUAAUUUACCAACUGGAGCUAUCAAAGUCAUGCAAUAAAUUAUUCUGAUGUA